UAGCAUACCCCACUCUUUCAUCCGCCCCCUGUAAACUUUCCCUUUUUGUUCUCUCCCUCCCUCCUCGUCUGCUCGUCUUCCUUCCUGACGCUACUGCCCAAUCCUUCCCAAGCAGGGGAGAAAGAAAAUCCCAACUCAUCUCGUCUCGUCUCUGCCCCCAACCCCCGCGACCGAAUCAAACGCAGGCGGAGCCGGAGCCGGAGCCGGAGCCCGGGAGGACUCAGAUUUGGAUUGGAGGAGGUCGCUUCCGUCCGCCCGCAAGGGAGGGUGGGAAACCCCGAAAGCUAUCUAUCCCCAGCCCAAAUCCGUGCGGGGUUGGUGAACCGGCCGAAUUGGGGGCAAGAUACGUCGAUCCCACCCAGGAGCCCCCGUCUCUCGCCGGAAUUUCCAAGGGAGGGAGCCGCCGCCUUCCCGCCGCACGGGUCGGAGAUUGGGUGCGCGCGAUCGGUGGGAAGGCAGGCCGCGGGCUUCGUGUGCGCCUGGGCGCCGAGAGAUUGAGGAUUUGGUGCCUGGGCUACGACUCCGUGCCGUUUGGUGGCUGCCUUGUUUGGUGGCGUGGUAGAACCGCAGAUUUUUAAUCUGAAGGGGCGUGAAGCAGAAAAGGAAAGCAGGAAAAAAAAGUACAGCAAAAUCUGGUGGAGGGGAACUUGUCGGGGAAGAUGAGUUCCGGGUCGGCGGUGACGGCGGGCGGCAGCGCCGGCGCGGAGGGCGCGGCGCUGGGGCAGAAGCUGAUGGUGCACGUGGCGGAGAACGGCCACAGCAUGGAGUUCGAGUGCGGGGGCGGCACGCGAGUCGAGGCCAUCCAGCGCGCCAUCGAGCACGUCUGCGGCGUCCCGCCCGCCGACCAGCUCCUCCUCUGCGGCAACAUCCCUCUCGACGGCGCCAACCACCUCGCCCACUACAACCUCCCCCGCGACGACCGCGAGGUCUUCCUCUACAACAAGGCCCGCCUCCAUGCCGACUCGCCGCCACCUGCGCCGGAGUCUAUCGACAUCCCUGAGCCAUCUAUUCCGCCGCCGCCCCGGCCGCAGGACACCGCACUGGAGGUGUCUGCUGACCCGGCCUUGAAGGCGCUGGUGUCUUACGAAGUCAGGUUCAGGUAUGACUUCCAGGUGGCCAACGCGCUGUACCAAUCUAGCGUGGCCAAGUACGAGGUGUGCAGGAGGCUGCUGCGGGAGUGGCAGGUGCAGGAGCGUGCUCUGGACAUGGCUAGGAGCAACCUGGAGCAAGCAUUCCGCAAGCCCUCACUGCGCUAUUCAAAUUUCAUGCGAUCCUUUGCUCAGCAGCACCGUGGAUACGUUGAAGUUCUGUCAACCUUCGAGAGAGAUGUGCAGAGGUUGCGUGCUAUUAAGCUGCAUCCACACCUGCAAUGCGAGGGCAGACGGUGCUUGCUGGACCUUAUGGAUGAGAAUAGACUGAGGAAGCUGGCAGAUGAGUAUGUAAGCUCACAGAAGGGUUUCGAGGAUUUUGUCUUGCCGCUGAAGGCAAAAUUUCUGGAGUUAAAGAGGAGGGUGGAGAGCUUGUUGAAUUCUAUGAGCUCGAGUGCAUGGAAGGAUCUGGAGGCGCUGAUAAAAGAGCAUCAUAGAGUCAUCGGUGACCAGAAGAGCAUCAUGCAGUCUCUAAGUAAAGAUGUCGAUACAUCAAAGAAGCUUGUUGAUGAAUGCUCAAGGAGCCAACUGUCUGCUUCUGUCCGACCUCAUGAUGCAGUUUCAGCAGUUGGUCGUAUCUAUGAGGUACAUGAAAAGGAUAAUUUGCCCAGCGUACGUAAGUUUGACCGCAUGCUUACAAACUUGCUUCAGAAAUGCAAGACCAAGAAAAAUGAAACAAAUACUUUAGUACAUGUUUGCGUGAAAGGGGUCAAAUCUGCUCAAAUUGAUAUCAAGGACAUGAUGAUGAGUCAGUUCAUUUUAUACGAAGAGGCAAUAGAUAGUCGAGACAAAGAAUUUUCUUAUCUGAAACUACUGGGUGGCUUGGGCCAUGCAUACAAGGCUUGUCUUGCCGAGGUCGUGCGAAGAAGGCAUUCUUUCAAGCUGUAUACUGGCUUGGCUGGACAGCUUGCUGAAAAACUAGCAGCAGAGCGUGAAGUGGAGAUAAGGAGACGCGAGGUUUUCCUUCGUACAUGGCGUAAGUACAUUCGAGGAGAAAUCAUGGGUUCCAUGGGUCUGUUUGGUUCACCUAGCCAGUGUGAUGUAAACAUUGCACCGUUUGAUUGCGAUCUACUGCCAAUUGAUGUUGAUGAUCUGGAAAAGCUCGCCCCCCGGUCUUUAGUGGGGUCUCUUUCGAAACCUGAGAGAUCACAGCAACAUAAGUCUUCAUCAAGUGAUUCUAGUACCACUGGAAAUUUCAUUAACACCGAACAAAACAGUCUGAAUACUGAUGGCCAAAUGGAUUCCCAGGAUUUUUUUGGGGGCUGUGAUACUGUUGAUAUAACAGGGACUAGUGUAUUAGAAGUGGAGAACGCCAGAUUAAAAGCAGAACUUGCUUCUGCAAUUGCAGUUCUCUGCACUUUUGGCGCUGAAUACGCACAUGAAUCUAUUGAUGAAGGGCAGAAUGAUAAUGUGUUGAGAAAUUCAAGAGAGAAAACAGCUCAGGCACUUUCCGCAAAGGAUGAAUAUGCCAACCAGCUUCAGUCAGUGUUGAAGGCAAAGCAGGAGCAGUGCUUGUCCUUUGAAAAGCGUAUACAGGAGCUUGAGGAACAAUUAGCGAAUCAGUACAUACACGGGCAAAUGGUUUCAGGAAGCAAAAGCGCAUCAGAUUCCCUCCUUUCUACAUUUAAAGGUAAUGACUGCAACCUGGAUGGAGGUAGGCAAACCCAUCUGCGUGACGAAUCAAGUGUGGCUAUGGAUGAGACAUCAUCAACAUCUGAACAGCCAUCUAAGCAAACAGAAGGUGGUGAUGAGAAUAUGGCUGACGUUUCAGGUGCACUGAACUUGCAAUUACUUAACUCAGCAGGAUGCGGUAAUCUGGAUGCUCCCAUGGCAGAAUUUUCACGUGAUAAUGAACAUAAGGUUGUCAAUAUUGAUAAGGAAGGGCAGAUGUUGACUCAGCUCACUAUGGUGGAUACUUCGGAUAUUCCUGUAGAAGGUCCUCUUGGCAUCUUAAACUCCAAAGCCAAUGAACAUCAUACUUUGGAGUUUAGGAAUAACGAGCUCUUUGUGUCAGAGUUGCAAAACACAAUAGAUAAAAAAUCAAAACAGUUGGAUGAGGCAGAAAGUAAACUUAGCUCUGUGAUGGGCGAAGUUAACUCUCUGAAGGAAGAACUUGAAAAUGCCCGUGUUCUACUUGACGAGUCUCAGAUUAAUUGUGCGCACCUGGAAAACUGCUUGCAUGAGGCAAGGGAAGAGGCUCGUACCAACAAAUGUUCCGCUGAUAGAAGGGCUGUUGAGUAUGAUGCUCUGAGGUCAUCUGCUCUGAGGAUACAUGGUCUGUUUGAAAGGCUAAAUAACUGCGUCACCGCACCGGGCAUGUCUGGCUUUGCAGAGUCUCUGCGUUCUUUAGCCCUCUCCUUAGCAAGUUCUGUAAAGAAGGAUGAAGCUGAUUCUACCACUCAGUUCCAGCAAUGCAUUAAGAUCCUUGCAGACAAGGUUAGUUUCCUGUCACGGCAGAGUGAGGAGCUGAUAGAACGCUACUCAAGGGUGGAAGCAGCACAUGGGAUUCUUAUAAAAGAGUUGGAGGAGAAGAAAACACUGGUCAACAAUCUAUAUAGUAAAUUUCAACUGGAAAAACAGGCCAGCAAGGAGAAGAUAUCGGUUGGCCAUUUCGACGUCCAUGAGCUUGCGGUGUUUGUCCGGAACCCUGCUGGGCACUACGAGGCAAUCAACCGGAGCCGGUCAAACUACUACCUCUCUGAGGAGUCGGUGGCCCUGUUCACGGAGCCCCACCUUCCUCGGCAGCCCGCCUACAUAAUCGGCCAGAUCGUGCACAUUGAGCGGCGCGCGGUAAAGCACACUGACCAGAACGAAGCCUCGCCGCGCCCUGGCGCCCAUCGGCGGUCUGCGCCGAACAGCAACCCCUACGGCCUGCCGGCAGGCCGCGAGUACUUCGUGGUGACGGUGGCGAUGCUGCCUGACACUGCUGCCACUGCUCGUUGAAGCAAGAACGCCUUCCUGAUCCUGCCUAGCCAUGGCUGCUGAAAUGAAGGGAGAAAGAAAACCUCAAUUGUAAAUAUACAGCCACUUGUUUAAAGUUUAUUUAUGGCUUUGCUCAGUUGCUUCGUCUGCGUUUGCUUGCUGCCUUGUGUACAUAAUGCUCGGAUUCCUCUGUAAAUAUGACCCGGCCACUGAUGUUAUUAUCAUCUUGGUUCGUUCAAGGAGACUGAAUAAUAUAGUGACAUUCUUCCA